AUGAUCGUUAUGUUGCUGGAACCAUCAUCUCCAUUCAGCAAAAUCAUUCAACAAACAUUGGAAAGAAUCAUUCGGAAUCAAGAAUUGGAAAGAAUCAUUCGGAAUUGGACCAAUCAGAAAUUGGAAAGAUCAAAAAUCAUUCGAUUCCAAAGGAACAGGGAAUCAGUUGCUUCAAACUCAGUGCCAGCCAAACCUCUUAAAACGUUUCAAAAUGGUGGAUUAUUUAUCUCGUUAUUUCAAGCCAGUCAGGAUCACCUUAGGCCACAAGUGCGGGUAUUGAUGGCAAUUACGAAAACCACUGGCUAUUCUUGUCAGUUUGACAAUGGUGCAACAGUCCCUGGGAAACUGUAUCAAUUCAAUGAAAAUCACGGUAAACAACUGAAAGUCUACUAUUUGAAUUGUCUUCCGCCGAAGGAUGUUUUACUAGAAAACAUUGAAAAUAUUACGAUUAUACACGAUUCUGUGCCGAUUCUGAAGAAAGUCAUUGUGCCGAUUCUGAAGAAAGCCAUUGUGCCGAUUAGUUACAAGAUACAGGAUGAACAAAAUAUGACCAAUUUCAAGCAAACUUUCGCCAUUUGUGUUCCAUUUUUAUUCGGUGACAAAUACACUGGUAAACAUUUAGUGGAGUUUAUCGAAAUGAAUCGAUUGUUGGGCGUUGAACAGAUCUCAAUUUACGCAGAUGACUCGAUGAAUGCUGAUGUGAAGAGGGUUAUGAACGGGUAUGCAAAGGAAGGACUCCUGGAGGUCAUCCCAUUCUCUUUGCCAUUUAAUGAUUCAAAUAUUUGGUCCUAUGGGCAACUCUUAACGAUCACCGAUUGCAUUCUUCGUCACACUGGCAGGACAGAAUUCGUAGCUCUCCAUGAUUUGGAUGAGUAUGCAAUUCCAAAAUCACUAAACCCAAAUGAUCCUCCACCAAAUAGACUGACACUCUUGCCUCAACUCUUCUCUAACAAGCAAAUCGCCACAUUGCGACUCAACGUUCACUACUUUAUGCCGGAUGAGAAAGGUUUGCCAAUCACAAUUAACAGUCAACAACGAAUCGAUUACGCGGACAAUCAAGCCACAAAGUGCGUAGUGAGACCACAUUACAUUUAUGCACAGGGAAUCCAUUCCACUUUUGGCCCCAUUCAAAAGCCAUAUUCCACAGGUUAUGGAGAUGAGAAACAAAUGAUUCUCUUUCAUUACAAAGAAAAGGAACUAGCAAUGGAAAGGAUAGAAGGAAGGAUUGGGAAAACGAGAGCGUCAAAAAUGGCUGAGGACAAAUACUUCAUGAAUCAUUUCUCGAACUUCUCUCAAAUCUUUACUGAAAAGUGCAACCAAUUUGCUCUA